AUGAGUGCCCGUUUGCUUUCCAUGGGAGCCGUCUCGGCCGCUUUCUCCCGCCGUCCUCUGCUUCGUGCCGCCACUAGUCGUCGUCUAUUAUCAUCUCCUAUGUCAACCAUGUUUGCCAGCAGAGCCCCUCCAACUUCAGCUGGCCUUCUUCGUAUUAGUUAUGCAUCGCGUCCACGCACAUUCCUACGGGCUGGGCAGUUAUCCAGAUCCCAUUCUGGUGCUGCUGCAGUUAGGUCUUUAAGUUUCUCCCGCGCAAUUCCAAAGCUAGUUUACAAGUUCGCAAGGCUCCCCGUGGCUUUCGGCGGGGCUACGGUUGCCGGCCUCGCCUACGUUCAGUAUCAAGCACAACAGGCUGGAACUUACGCUAUCGGCCUUUUUAACUCGGCAGGCGAAAUGGUAGGAACUGCGAUUGCUGGAGCAAAAGGGACCGCUGGGGAUCUCUAUGGAGUUUCCAGAAUGGAUGCAAGAUCUCUUGAGCUUCAGAAAAUCAGGAGGGGAAGGGUCUGGAGGUGA